AUGGCCGAACACGAAUCUAAAGCACACCAGACAUUAAGAAGCUAUCCUGGUAAUGAAAAUAAAGCAGAAAGGGCAAAGUCAGAAGGUAAUAUUCAUGGUAUCGAACAUCCUGGUUCUACUGGCGUCAUUUAUGUGAUGGACCGUGCUAUGAAACAGGGCUUUACUUACUCGAGUAAAGAAUGGUCUAAUUUUGGUCAAGGAGCUCCUGAAGUCGGUCCUAUUGAAGGUUGCAUGGAGAGACCUAUGACAAUUGAAAUUUCACAAGAUUGUUAUGAAUAUGCACCAACAAGUGGUAUACCUGAAUUGAGAAAGGCAGUAGCUGAUUUAUACAAUGAAGUGUAUCGUAAAGAUAAGCAAUCUAAAUAUACAUAUGAAAAUGUCUGUAUUGUACCUGGUGGACGUGCUGGUUUGACACGUGUAGCAGCAGCGAUUGGAGAUGUUAAUGUAGGCUAUUUCUUACCAGAAUACACUGCUUAUGAACAAAUGUUAUCCGUAUUUAAACGGUUUGUACCCAUCCCUACUACUCUAGAAGAAGCUGCACGUUAUCAUAUUGAUUCGGAUACAAUUCGUAAGGAGAUCUCUGGACGAGGACUUGGGGUGAUUGUUGCCUCUAACCCUCGUAAUCCAACAGGACAAGUCAUUCAAGAUGAAGAAUUAGAGGAGCUCGUGGCGAUUGCAAAGGAACGUCAUACUACUUUGGUUAUGGAUGAAUUUUACUCUGCAUAUAUCUAUGAUAAAGAAGAAGGUAAAACUGUGAGCAUCAGUCGUUAUGUUGAAGAUGUAAAUGAAGAUCCCGUUAUUUUGAUUGAUGGUUUGACAAAGAACUUUCGUAUGCCUGGUUGGCGUGUAUGUUGGAUUGUUGGACCAAAGGCGGUUAUUUCAUCCAUGGAAAGUGCUGGUUCAUUCUUAGAAGGUGGGGCAAACCAUCCACUUCAAAAAGCAGCUAUUCAAUUCUUGGAUCCAAAGAAGUUUAGAAAUGAAGUUAUAAGUCUUCAAAGACAUUUUAAACAAAAAAGAGAUUAUGUUCUUAAAAGAUUAGAUGAAAUGGGUCUUCAUGUUAAAGUAUCACCGAAUGCAACCUUCUAUGUUUGGCUCGAUUUAUCUCAUUUACCUGAGCCUAUUAAUAUUGGUCUUAACUUUUUUGAAGAAUGCCUUAAAGAGAAAGUUAUUGUUGUGCCUGGUAUCUUUUUUGAUGUGAAUCCUUCUCAUCGUCGUGAAUUAUUCGAAUCACCAUGUCAUCACUUUGUUCGACUUAGUUUUGGUCCACCUUUAGAUCAAAUUAAAUUAGGCUUAGAUCUUAUUGAAAAAGUCAUUAAAAAAUGGACAAAUAAAGUUUAA